AUGAAUACUUCGAUUUUGAUGAGACAUUCCGGAAUUUGGGUGAACGAAUUGCAGUAUGAAAGUUACAAAAUUGAUGGAAUCGUUGUUGGAGAUUCAAUUUCGUUUUCUAAUCUCAAAGCAGCAAUUGCGGCCGAAUUGGAUAUUGAUGUAUCAAGGAAAGAAAUUGAAAUUCGAUACAUUGUAGAAGGUCAGAUAUAUAAGGAUAAAGCAACACUUGUAGAUGUGAUGACGAAAUAUAAGAUAAAGAACAACUUCAAUUGCAAAGUAAAGAGGUGUGGUCAACAAAGCUAUGUGUUGGUAUGCUUUUCAGACAAAUGUGGUUGGACUAUGAAGGCGUCGUGCAGGAAAAAAUCUGAUAUAUUCAUUGUUAGAAAUUUCAAUAGUGAACAUACGUGUCCGAUGAGGAAGAGGGUAUUAACCAAAGUCCAAGCAACAGAGUGA